GCGCCAAAACAUCGGUUUCACCAAAUCUCAUCAAAGGCAAAAAAAUAAAAAAAAAAAAAAACAAAGAUGAACACUCAGAAUCCAAAUUCAGAACUUGAAGACAAUCGUCACUUUCUGUCGACAGAUGUUGUCCCAAAGCUUCUUAAGAAAUCGGCAGGUGAAGCAUCUUGUUGCAUCUUCAGAGUUCCCGACAGCCUCGCCCGUAACAAUCACAUGGCUUAUCGCCCGAGUAUCGUUUCGAUAGGUCCUUACCAUCACGGAGAGAAACAGCUCGAGAUGAUUCAGGAGCACAAACAUCGGUUCUUGGAGUUCUUCGUGUCCAGGUCUCGGAAAAAGGGUAUCAAUCUGCAAGAUUUGGUUGCGGCAGUAUCAGAUCUUGAAGAACAGAUAAGGGGCUCUUAUUCCGAGAAUCUUACGGAGUUUGAUUCUGAGAAUCUGAUCAAUAUGAUGGUUCUUGACGGUUGCUUCGUUCUCACUUUGUUCUCGGUCGUUGCGGGGAAGGUUCGGUACAGAGAAGUUAACGAUCCGAUUUUCAGAAUUCCAUGGCUUCUGCCCGCUAUUCGGACAGAUCUUCUCCUGUUGGAAAACCAGGUUCCGUUCUUUCUCCUUCAAACUCUGUUCGAGAAAUCAAAGUUGGUUUCACCAAGUACCGGAUUGAACGAGAUCGCCUUUGUAUUCUUCAGUUAUUCAAUCGAAAAACCGAACGAGUUUUGGUCAAGGCAUCACAAUCUCGACGCGAAGCAUCUUCUUGAUCUGAUUCGCAAAACUUUCAUACCCUUUUCAUCUCGAGAUCAGACACCGCAACAUAGCUCUAUCGGAAUCGAUUGUGAUUCCAAGGAGGAAUCUGAAACAGAAACUCCAAAAGACUGUUGUUUCAAAAGUAUCUGUGGUUCCAAGGGAGAAACAUCACCGGAUUCUCGCCCUUUUCACAGAUUAAUUCUAUCUGCCAAAAAACUUCAUCUCCGGGGAAUAAAAUUCAGGCCGAAGAAGAACGCUGACACGUUAUUGGACAUCAGAUACGAUAACGGCAUUCUUCAGAUACCUCCAUUACGAGUGGACGACUUUAUCAACUCAAUGCUCCUUAACUUUGUUGCAUUUGAGCAGUUCAAUACAGAUUCCACGAGCCACAUUACGAGUUACGUGGUUUUCUUGGGAUGCCUCAUAAACUCCGAGGUCGAUGCAACAUUCCUAACCGAAAGAGGGAUCGUAGAGAACUAUUUUGGGACCGAGUGUGAAGUCUCGGUAUUCUUCAAGAGCAUCGGGAAAGACAUUCCGUUCUACUUAGGCGCAAGUUACUUGGUGGAAGUGUUUGAAGGAAUUAACGAGUAUACUUCGAAAGGGUGGCACGUAAACUGGGCGGAGUUCAAGCUCACUCAUUUCUAUAGUCCGUGGACAUGCAUAUCGUCUUGUGCUGCAUUAACGCUUCUUAUCCUUACGGUGAUCCAAGCCUUCUUUGCGGCCUAUAGUUAUUUCCGUCCUCCGAAAGGGUAGUGAGCAGUUCGGUAUGAAACCCUAUCUGUGUGUGGUGUUGCAGCUUUGGUCAGUCCAAGGAUGAAGCCAGUAUGUUUUGGAACUGCAUUGUUCUUGUUUAGUCUAAAAGACACAUGCUAUAUAUGAAUGAUCAUCAAUUAGGGUUUCGUUAUGGAUCUUCCGAUGUUAUCCCUUUUACGAGAGAUUUCAAAAUAUUUGUUCUUCUUGCUUAGUCUAAAAGAAUCUUACGAUCAAUGAGCAAUUCGCCUUCUUGUCCUA